AUGGCUCCAAUCGCAACAAGUCUUGAGGAUGCUUCGGAGAAUGUGUCUCUGCGGGCGGAGAGUGGUCACUCCAACGGCAAUGGCAUAAAGACCACGCCAUUGAAGCCAACGGGGAUUCUUGAUCACUAUGAGCAAUUCGAUCUGACUCCAGUCAUCGGUCGAGAGUUCCCUAAAGUCGAUCUUGUGGACUGGCUUCAAGCUCCGAACGCACAUGAGCUGCUCAGGGAGCUGGCCUAUACAAUCUCUUCCCGCGGAGUGGUAUUUUUCCGCAAGCAAGACAGCCUGACCAACGAUCUCCAGAAGGAACUCGUCCAUCGAAUGGGUCAACUUGCUGGGAAGCCAUCAAGUUCGACACUCCACAUCCAUCCUGUGCUCAACUCAGAGGGUGAAGUCGACGAGAAGAGGGAUCCAGACCAGCAAAUUUCCACCAUCAGCUCGAGGCUGUUCAAGAAGCUCUACUCGGUCGAGGGGCAGGACGGUCGCUGCCACAAGAAGCAAAGCAGCGACCAAUGGCACAGCGACAUCGCCUUUGAACCUGUCCCAGCCGAUUACUCUAGCCUUCGUCUGACCCAGUUGCCCAAGACCGGCGGAGACACUCUGUGGGCAUCAGGGUACGAGAUUUAUGAUCGCAUUUCGCCUCCAGUCCAGAAAUUCUUGGAGGGCUUGACCUGCACAUUCUCUCGCCCAGACUUUAUCGCCGCCGCUGAGAGGAGUAACAUCGAUCUCUACACCAAGCCUCGCGGCUCCCCAGGGAACGUCGGUAGUUCCCUCACAGCAGUUCAUCCAGUGGUCCGCACCAAUCCCGUCACCGGGUGGAAGAGCGUGUAUCCCGUUGGCCAGCACGCCCAGUUCAUCAACAACGUCACAGUCGAAGAAAGCGCCAUGUUCCUGGGAUGGUUCAAGACCCUCCUAAAGGACAACCAUGACCUGCAAUGCCGGUUCCAUUGGCAAAAUGUGAACGACAUAGCCUUAUGGGAUAACCGGAAUACGUUCCAUUGCGCGACAUUUGAUUUUGAUGGCCUGGGUGAUCGUGCUGGGAACAGAGCUGUUGGUAUUGGAGAGCGUCCAUAUUUCGAUCCGGCGAGCAAGAGCAGGAGGGAGGCACUCGAGGGUCAGAGUAUCGGGGAGAACUUCAAAAUCUUGUAG